ACUUUCUUUGCUUAUUUUUGCUAUAUAUGUAUGUAUAUAUGUACUUUUUUUACUCUGAAACUAAAAUCUCAAUGUGCUUUAAAGUGAAACAGGAAGAAGAAAAAAUGGAGGUACUUUGAAAUCUAAAUAAAUAAGGAGGUAAAGAACUGAUUUUUGUGGGGCUUUGGAAUGCUGUGGACUGACUGAAUUUUGGGAUUUUUAUUUUCCAUUUUUUACGGUGCAUUUUUGGGUGCUUUGAAGGAUAUGGGGAGUUCUGGUGAGUCUAUUGUGAAAGCCAUUGAUGCUUCGGUUGGGGGGUUGGUGUGGGUCCGUAGGCGUAACGGGUCGUGGUGGCCUGGUCGGAUUUUGGGGUCUGAUGAGUUACCUCAGAGUUGCUCUGUUUCACCAAGAUCAGGGACUCCUGUUAAGCUCCUUGGAAGAGAGGAUGCAAGUGUGGACUGGUACAAUCUUGAAAAAUCUAAGCGGGUGAAAGCCUUCCGCUGUGGGGAAUAUGAUGAAUGUAUUAAGAAAGCUAAGGCUGCUGCUGCUAAUUCUUCAAGAAAGGCUGUCAAAUAUGCUCGAAGAGAGGAUGCCAUUAUUCAUGCUCUAGAGAUUGAAAGUGCUCGUCUCGGGAAAGACCAUCCAGAUUUUUUCUCGAGAAUAGAUAAAGAAGAUGGAGAGCAUCAUACCAUGGAAGGAUCACAUACUUCAUCUAAUCCUCUUGAAGAUGGUAAAGAGUUAAACGAGGAACUGACUAGUUCUGGAAAUAAUUCAAAUUCUGCACAAGAAUUGUCUCAAUCUGGUGUAUCAUUUGAGGCGCCAAAUCUUAUAAUUGCAUCUGAGGAGCAACCUGUAUGUGAGGCACGGAGGAGAACCCCAAACGACUCCGAGGAUGAUGGAACUGAGGGAAGUAAACGCAUGAAAGGGCUUGAUGACCUAGGGAUGGGUGUAGUGCCAUCUCUGAAAAGGAAGAGAUCUCAGGUGGCACAUGUUCAUGAUUUUUUAAAGAGGAAGAAUCGUCGCCGUCCCUUGACAAAGGUUUUAGAGAGUACAGCAAUGGUGUCUGUUCCUAUCAUGUGUGAACAACUUCCUAGUCCAACUGGCUCUACUCUUGCAGGGGUAUCUGAAAGUAAAGUUUUUGGGUUACAAUCUAACGAGUCUGGGAAAAGUUUUCCUACAGUACUAAAUAACGACACAGAUAGUAUCUCAGUUACACAUGGAAAUGGGAAACCAUUGGAUGCAUUUGGCCACACUCAUGAUCCUUCCCUUGUUGAGCACAAACAGAAAGAGAUUGAAAUUUCCAGUAUUUUGGGGUUGUCUGAGAAUAGUUCUUCUGACAGAUUGUUUGAUGUGCCCUUAGUUGCAGAAGAGAAACAAUCUGCAGGUAGCUUGUCUCCUAUAGUGUCUUGCACGUCUCAGAAAGCUCAAGGUGGUGUUGGGGCACAGUCUAGCCAGGGUAGCCAGGGCAGCCAAGCUGAGGCUAUGUCUUUUGGGAGUGAGGAGCUUAAUGACUCAGGCUCCACUAGUUCUGGUAGUGACGAUUACCAAUGUUUCAGCCAGAGGAUGGAGAAAGGAACUUCAAAGUGGCAGUUGAAAAGAAAGAGGAAUUCGAGGCACACACGUAAGAUUAAAAAGAAAGAUUUUGGAAAAUACAGGGACUUGAAAGAUGACGUAAAUGUAUAUUUGGCUGCUAUAGAUCAUGAUUCAUUCCCUCUUUCUCCAGGUCGGAAAGUUGCCAGCUAUCGUUUAAAGUCAAGACCAGUUACAGAAAAUCAAAUGGAUGAGUUGCGAGGUUGGAGCAGGAAUGUUUCUCUCAGAGAAGCUCAUAUGAAGGGGCCAACAGCAGACCAGAUUAUUCCCCAGAGGUUGCUACCCUAUCGGCAAUCUCGAUUUACAGUUAACCCCAAAUAUGAGUCAUCAGAUUUCUUUCUUAGGCACCACAUUGCUGAUUCUUCGCUGUAUGAUGUUAAUCUUGAGGUCAAAACCAGCUAUCGUCCACAGCAUGUUCCAUAUAUCUCUCUAAUGAGCAAAUUGACUGGUCAGCCUAUCAUAGGUCACCCCCUCACAGUUGAAGUUUUGGAUGAUGGCUUUUGUGAUAAACUGCUAGUCAGUGGUUCUGAUUGCUAUAGCAGUAGCUAUGACUUAGAUGAGGAUCGUGGUGAGAACAGCUCAGCUUUUCAAGGUGCGGAUAUUGUCUAUGAAUCCAAGCCGACUUCUGCAGGCAAGAUCACUUCUAAGCAUCGCAUGGUGCAACCUCGUAGUUCACCAACAAAGUCACCCAGGACACGGAAAAAUGGCCUGUUUUCAAAGAAGAUUAGAAAAUUGUCUUCCUUAACUGGUUCUCACCAGCAAAAUAGAAUGAAGAUACCUGUGGUGGAGAAGCUUAAAGGACCUGCGCUAGCUUGUGUCCCCCUGAAAAUAGUGUUCAGUAGGAUAAAUGAAGCAUUAAAUAACUCAAUACGACCUGCCCACCGUUCUCUUGUACCUAGAAUUGGUUGAAUACUGUUCGAUUGAUCAGAAUGGUCAGAGUUAGUGGACUAUGAGGACUCGUCGUGUAGGAAUUCUGAUUUGUAGCAGCCCAGUCUGGAUUCCGGAGUUGAAUCAUUUCUGUACAAUAACAGGGUGUGGUCACUGUUGCGGAAAAUGUGGCGUUGAGGAGCUCUGCUGAUAGGCGGCUUUGUUGUUGGUGUACAUAAUGUAACACUAGCUGAGGUGUAAAGAUGGUUUUCUGAUUUUAGGAUUGGUUCAAUUCUUCAUCUUUUGAUUUUAGAGGGUUAAUAACUUGGAAGUUUUUUAGUACUUACUAUUUAUUUAUGUUACGGGUUGCACUGUCUAGUCAGUGCAUUUACAAUUUCCCCCUCUUAUUUUCUUCAUUUUGGUAUGUUGAAAAUUGAAAAGCUAAGUUUGGAAAAUGAAAAAGCGCGGAGCUUUCAGAAUA